AUGGAUGGUUCAACAUUAUUAUUAAUGAAACAGUUAAAAGAAUUAACAAAACAUCCUGUAGAAGGUUUUUCAGCUGGUUUAAUUGAUGAUUCUGAUGCAUUUCAUUGGAAUGUAAUGAUUAUUGGACCAAUUGAUACGAUCUAUGAAGGUGGUUUUUAUAAAGCAAGACUCGAUUUUCCAAAAGAAUAUCCACAUAAACCACCAAAAAUGAAAUUUUUAUCAGAAAUUUGGCAUCCAAAUAUUGAUAAAAAUGGAGAUGUUUGUAUAUCAAUUCUUCAUGAACCAGGUGAUGACCAAUAUGGAUAUGAAACAGCAAGUGAACGUUGGAGUCCUGUACAUACCGUAGAAACAAUCUUAAUUUCUGUUAUUUCAAUGUUAGCUGAUCCAAAUUGUGAGUCGGCAGCUAAUGUUGAUGCGGCAAAAAUGUUACGAGAUGAUCCAAAACAGUUUAAAAAACGUGUAGCAGAUUAUUCAUCAUCGCCUGUUAAAGUAUUUCGUUGUACAACAAAUCGUCCUGCUGCCAGUGAUGAUGAAACAGAUGACGAAUUAAAUGUACAAACUUCUGCCACAUCUACCACUACAAAAUCCAAAUAUUCUCCUACUCAAAACUCUAAAUCAUCUCUAUACGUCAUGGAUGACGAUAAUCAACAAACUCAACUUUAUGAUUAUGAUGAUUUAUCUCUGACACUCGCUGAUAAAGAUGAACAAAAAAGUGAAACGCCAAAAAAGAAUGGUGCUAUAAAUGUCAAUAAGAAGAAUGUGUCAACAACCUCUACAUUUAAUACCACAUGCAGUGAUGAUGAAGAAUUAUUAGCAAGUGUCAUUCAAUUUGAAGAAAAUAAAGAACAAUCAUUAAAAACAUCAUCAUCACCAUCACCAUCAACAAAAAGUGGAUAUUUCAAACCAACACCUACGUCAGAUGUUGGAUUUUUAAAAGGUUAUAGUAAUCGCCAUGAAAUAUGUGGACUAAAACCAGUUGAACAAUCGUUAAAAACAUCAUCAUCACCAGCACCAUCGCCAUCAACAACAAGUGGAUAUUUCAAACCAACACCCACAUCAGAUGGUGGAUUUUUAAGAGGUUAUAAUAGUCGCUAUGAAAUAUGUGGACUAAAACCAGUUGCAAAAGAUGAAAUUUCGCCAAUUAAAACGAGCAUAAAAAGACAAAUUAGUAGUGACGAAGAUGAUAUAACCAUCACAAGUACUUCAAAGCCAGCAACAAAAAUUGUUCGAUUACCAGUUAAAAAAUUACCAGGAAAAAAUGAUUUAAUUGAUCCACCAAUAAUAAUAUCAACAAAAAAAUUGCCUUUAUCGCCUGAAUCACCAGUAGCAUUUACUUCGACAUUUAUGCGACCACCGUUUUCUUCCGUUUCAAUGGAAACAAAACAACGAACGUUACCAAUGUGGCUCGCCGCGAAUAAACCGUUGUCCCAAGAUGUCGAAUCAGAGCCAACAACAAUGAACGAAGCAACAGAAAAAAUAUUAAAGAAAUCGCGUGCACGUCGUCGCUGUGAUAAUGAUUUUCCCAUGACACAAUUCAUGGCCCAAGAGCAAUUGCGGCUGCGAGAAAAACUCAUGAGAAAACCAAAACCAUUAGAAGUUACCGACGAUAAAAAACAAACAGAUUCACUAAAAACGCCAGUAUCAACUACAACAAAAAGAAAAUUGGUGCCGAAUGGGAAUGAUUUACCGGCAAGAAAAAAAACACGCCCCACCACUUCCACUCCUGGCGUAGUCCAAUCUUCAUCCUCAAAAUCAACUCCUAUUACUGUAAAUGCAUUUGAUCAAUAUAUGAAAGAUGUGACAGAAACAUUUACUAGGAUAACGAUUACAAAUACUACCACAACGUGUACAACAACAGCAGCUAUCAAUAACAGUUCAUCAUCAGUUGUUACCAGCAUCAACACUACAUCAUCACCGUCAUCGACACUUGUUUCAAGUGUGAUGCCUCUCUCAUCCACAACAACCAAAAAAAAGAUGCCGCGUAAAAUUCAUUUAUACGAUGAUUAUCUUAUGUACAUUCUAAAAUGGCCCGUUCAAUGGUUACAAGAAGCAGAACUGGAACAAGGUUGUUUAUACAGAAAUUUUCUUGGUGAGAAUAUUUCACCAACACCCAUUAUGGAAGUAUACGAUUCAUUUUAUGAAUACGAAGAAAUUACAUUGCCGUGGAUGCUCGAAGAAACGUGGGAACAAGUAUAUAAACCAAGAGCUAACAAUAACACAACACUUUUCAUAUUCUCUCGUGUUCAGGUGAUACGCGAUGUGAAAAUAACUCAACAAAAAUCAUCAUCGACAACACCAGUCGAAUUGAAUUCGGUUAUUGCUCAAGCACGUCAAAUGGUAUCUGGAGCAACAGAAUUAAAAUGUCAAAUUCUAACAAAACGUGGUAAACGCGAUCAACAAUUACCAAUGGACGAUGAUCUGAUCAUUGUGACAUUAAAUACUGAUAAAAAACUAUUUGGUUUAAUUCGAAAUACCGAACGAAUAUUAGAACGGGCGAAACUCCACAAGUCGUUUGCUGAUAAUCCUGAUGUGAAAGCAAAGCCUCCAUCUUGGUCGUGUUCUGAGUACCAAAUACUUAUAUGCAAUAAUGGAAUGAAAAUUAAUGAUGGUUCUAAUAUUCGAAUAAAACUUAUCACAUCGUUAACAGCAACAUUGAGAAGAUUUCGAGCUUUAUCAUCAAUGCGUGUUUGUCCAUUAUUUGAACAUUUACUCACUCCGCAGUUGGAUGACCCCGUUUUUCAAAUAAGUCAGAAACAAAUACAAAUUGAUGAAAAACAUCUCACAGGCUAUAAUGAUUCACAACAAGCUGUUAUCAGUGAAGCGUUUUCAAUUGCUUGUACUGAAGAAAAAGAAGAACAAGCCAAAGUCUAUAUGGUUCAAGGACCGCCGGGCACCGGCAAAUCACAAACCAUCACUGGUAUUGUUCGAGCUGUACUAAAACACUAUUCAUCACCACAACCAACAACAACAACAACGGAUGGUUCAGCAACAAUCAACAAAAAAAAGAAAAUGAAAAUUCUUAUAUGUGCACCAUCCAAUGGUGGAUGUAAUGAAAUUGUCAGACGACUAUUGACAAUUGAUACAGCAAAACAAGAGCCAGAAAACGGGACUUCCGAAAGUACAACAACAACUACAACAAAUAAUAAUAAUAACAAACCGAAACUACCAUUCAAAUUGAUUCGUUGUGCUCGAGGUGGAACCGUAUCAGAAGAUAUUGAAUCUGUGUCGAUCGAUAUAUUAGCUCAAAAACGAUUGGAAGAGGAAUUAAACAAUGCUCAUCAACAUGAAACACUUGAACGUAAUAUUCAACAUAAAGUAAAAACGAAACAACAACUUGAAACACGCAUUGCUGAUGAAAAGAAACGUCUUGGAUCGAAUUCGGCAACCAGUGAACAAUUAAAGGAUCUUCAAGCUAAUUUGCAUGAGGUCAAACAAACUAUAACAAAAUUACAGCAAACAUCAAGAAAAUCUAUGCCGGAAAAUCUUCGCCGCCAACGCGAACGUGAAAUUAAGUGUGAAUUAUUAGAAUCAAGUGAUAUUGUUGUUAGUACAUUAAAUUAUGUUGGUAAUACAAUUUUUGAUCAAUUUUGUCCAUUUGAUGCUGCUCUAUUUCUCAAACAACAACAACAACGACAACAACAUCCGUCAACUACAUCUGCCACCACCACCAAAUUAAUACAACCAAAAAUACAAUCAUCAUUAUUUAAUUUAUUGAUAAUCGAUGAAGCAGCACAAUGUUUAGAAAUUGAUUCUUAUAUUCCAUUACGUUUAGGAAUCAAUCGAAUUAUUCUAGUUGGAGAUCCAGAACAACUACCGGCAACAGUUCUAUCUAAACGUGCUCUCGAUAAUGGAUUAAAUCAAUCAUUAUUCGAACGUUUAUACAAAUUAUUCAAAUAUGAAGUCGAAAAUCCGAUAAAAAUGUUAAAUAUUCAAUAUCGUAUGCACGAUGAAAUAUGUAAAUUUCCAUCAUUACACAUUUAUCGUGGUAAAUUACAAACAGAUAAAUUAACAAAUCAAAAACGAAAAAAAUUUCAUUUGAAACCUUAUAUUGUUCUCGAUGUUGUCGAUGGUCAAGAAGAAUUUGAUAAUAUUACACAAUCCUAUUAUAACAAAUUAGAAGUUCAGUUUAUUGUUCAUCUUGUCAAAUAUAUUACAGAAAAAGGAAAAGUGCCAUUAAAUCAAAUUGGAAUUAUUACACCCUAUGCUAAACAAGUACAAUUUAUACGUGAAAAUUUAAUGUUAAAUAAUUUAUGUCAAAAACUAGACAUUGGUACUGUUGAUUCAUUUCAAGGUCGUCAAAAAGAUGUUAUUCUUCUAUCAUGUGUACGAGCUACUCAACAAAAAUUACAAUUAGAUGAUAGUUUUACAUCGACAACAAUUGGAUUUGUUUCAAAUCGUCAACGUCUCAAUGUUUCAAUUACCAGAGCAAAAUAUGCCAUGUAUAUUGUCGGUCAUCUUAAAUCGUUAACGGUCAGUGACGAUUGGUCAAAACUGAUAUCAAAUGCCCGUCAACGAAAUUGUAUUUUAGAAUUAAAAUCAUCUGAUCAACUUGAUCACUUGAUGAAAUCACAUCUUCAAAAGCAACAACAACAACAACAAUCAAAACAGCUGAAAAAUAUGUUCUAUAAAUAUUAUUUACUAUUAUCUAUUUUACCAUUGAUUAGUGAAUGUAAAAAAUAUCGUUUAUUUGGUGAAGAAGAAGUCAUUUCAUCUGAUAGUCGAUUAUUAAUCGAUAUUGACAUUUACAAUCGACCAUACACACUUCCUUAUUUAUUUUAUCAAUUAGAGAAUCUUAAAUGUCCAUGUCAAUGUUAUUUAGAUUUUCGUUUAUAUCACGUGUACAAUACAACAACUGAAGAUGAAACAACAAAACUUGUUAAAGAAUGGUUCGAUUAUGCUCAAAAUCAUUUGAAAUCAAAAUUAUUUGUUGAUAUUCAAAUUCAUGAAUGGACAUCAACACCAACCAGUGAUGGACCCCAUCGUCUUCAGGAUGUUAUUGAACGUUGUAAAAUUUUAAAUAUUAACUAUUUAGCCAUGUUUGAUUCUAUGAUUAUUCUUCUCGAACCUCAAAAAUUAUUAUCUAGUUUAAUUCUUAAAGAUAAACCAUUAAUUGCACCAUUAUUACGUUCAACAAAAGCCAUGUAUACAUCAACAUUUUGGUUAUACGAUUCUACAAAUGAUUUAGACCAAUAUCAACAAAUCUAUGAUCGUGUAAAAUUAGGUUGUUUUAAAGUUAAUGGUGGACUUAAAGAUUUCUAUUUUUUUAAUUUUCAACAUUCAAAUGUGAAUCAAACAUUUUUACACAAAUAUGAUUAUAAACAAAACGAAGUUGCAGGUAAUUAG